AUGACUCAAUUAUUAGUAUUUGUCAAAAACCUCGAAUUGAAUCAAUGCAGUCAGUUUACAUCGUGUGAGACUUGUGCUGGAAUUGUUGACAGUGGUAUUAGUUGUAGAUGGUGCUUAGAAUCAAAUGAGUGCGUCCCGUCGAAAUAUUUAUGUCAUCCUUGGAAGACGGUUAUCCACGAUAUAAACUGUCCUCUCUCAAAGAUUCCGACCACUUAUAGUGAUACGUUUUUGAGAACGGAAGUGGCCGCAUAUAUUCAUGCAGCAAAUCGAGUCAGUGAGUAUUCUCCCGUUGGAGCACCAAUGUCAUGUCUGAUGAAGUUAAAAGCAAGAGUCGACGUUCUGAAUGAGCUGGAUGUUCCGACAAAACUUGAAGGGAGAACAAUUGGAGUGUUGAUCGGAGUCAAUCACGAUCUUCAACACAUUUUCAUUGGAUUCCGAUCCACAAACGAUCCUGUUCAAUUUGUUUCACAGUUCUAUGUUUUCAUGAUGGGAUGGAUGGAGGAUUUCCCAUUGGGCGGAAAAAUGGUUGCAAUCUAUUCCAGAAUGUACAAAGAGAUUCUGGAGUUUGGAUUCGAUGAUUGUCUGGAGAAGGCUGUCAUAAAGUAUCCAACGUAUUCUUUGGUGGUUACUGGACAUUCUUUGGGUGGUGCCAUGUCUACAGUAUUUGCACUACAUGUGGCAAUGAAGUACCCGCAGAAGCUGACAAGUCUCUACUCCGUAUCUGCGCCAAGGUCUGGAGAUGAAACGUUCGUAAAGCUAUUGCGGCAACAUGUCUCCGAAGAAUUCCGAGUGGUCCGAGAUGGUGAUUUUGUUCCAGACUCGCCGUUUAGAAUAUCUCAAACUAUCGAAACCGCCCAUCACAACAGUUUUGAAAUAUUCUAUGGAAGUCACAUGGCUGUUGAUAAUUAUGUGAUUUGUAAUCAACCAGAAACGGAAUACUGUUUGAAAGGGUCUUGGUGGAAGAAACCUGUGGCGCAUAUGUAUUUGUUUGAUCAGAACUUUUUUAAUUAUCAUUUGGGAUACUGUGAAUAA